GCCUAUCAAACUUCACGGGUAGUUUUCCAGAACCGGGAGAUACUGCAGUGGUUGGACCUCAUUACGAUGCUGGUUUUAUUAUACAUAUUCUUUGGAUUAACGUCAGCCAGACUGUUAGAUUUGAGCCACAGUGUGGGUGAAGACAGCAGGAUUUGGCUCGGUUACAAUGGUUUCAACAGGACUGCAUUUUUUUACGGGACGCAGGAUGCAGGGUUCUGGUUGACGGCAUACGAUGUCGCCUUCCCGGAACACAUUUCUACUCAUUUGGACGCCCCAAGCCAUUUCUACGAGCAUGGUCUAACAGUGGACAAUAUCCCAAUCGAGGAUCUAGUGGGGCCAGCGGUCGUGGUAGACAUGAAGGCAAGAGCCAGUCUAAGUGACAACGCCGAACUGUCAACUGAAGACCUCAACAAGUGGCUGGAGAAGCACGGGUCUCUUCCUGACGGCGUUGUUGUUUUCAUUCGAACAGGAUGGGGGGAGAGGUACUUCAACCAAACUGCAUACUUCGGCACCGAUUCUAAAGAUGUGACCAAGAUGAAACAUCCAGGUCUGAGCCGAGGGGCAGCCGAGAUUCUCGCGAACUACAACGAAACGCACGGACGCCGCGUGCUGGGAGUUGGAGGACUGGACACCCCGUCUCUUGAUCCUGGCAACUCUACCACAUUUCCCGCUCACCAAGUCCUCGCUGCGAAAAAUAUCUACCGAAUUGAGCACGUGGCCAAUCUACAUCUGCUGCCUGACAUUGGCGCAGAGGUGACAGUUUUGCCCAUCAAGUUCACCGGCGGCAGCGGCGGACCUUGCAGGAUUCUGGCCAAAAUUUCGGACCAGGUAGCCUCUGGCAGGAUCGAACAUCCAUCCACAUCGAAGCCCGCCAAGAUUUGAAAGAAAACGCCUGUCUCCAUUAUCUUCAUUCUAAUCGAAAAUUUGAGAAUAGGGAGAAUCUCGAGACCUUUCCAAAUUUUAAGGGAUUAUGAAUGCAGGAUGUAAAAAAAAAAAUAAACAGAAAUCAAAGUUAUAAACUAAAAAAAAUUUGGCUUGCAAUGCAACUUGUAUAAUUAGUGUUUUACUUACAAUUUUCACUGUAGUAAAAGAAAGUUAUGAAAACUAAAGGUUAUUUUAGAAAUUUUUAUUCAUAAUAUUCUAAUCAUCGCAUACGAUAUUUUGAAGCUAUUUCAUCUAGUUUCUAUGGUAACUCACACAGUCACCCGAAAAUAAGCUUAAAUGGCUCUAAUAUGUAAUAUCUAAGUAAUACCUACGUAAUUCUGCUUCAGCACAUAUAUUGUAAACUGAUAGAUAAUAAAUUAAAAAUCACAGAGUAGUAGGCAGAGAGUAGCAUUAUCAAGAUCAGAUUCUCAUAAUUGUACAGUUCAUACAUAACAGCACCUUCAACUUGAAACUGCAGUCAAAUAAAGAAAUAAUGAAGACCAAACAAUCGAGGUGUGGAUACAAUUCCAGACAAAAAAGUGUUAUCAGCAUUUAUACAAUAUUGUACUAAUGUUAUGUUAAAAUAUUUCAUGAAAAUCUUUGGACAACUUAGUGCCUGAAAAUUUGUUGCUUAAUCAUAAUUUUGUCCUCACACUGUGCGAAGUGACUUCAGAACUACUAAGGGGCUUCAUGCUAGGAUGAACCAGCAUAUUUGACUUCAUCGAAGGCUUUACGGGCUUUCUUGAGUUCUUCAUUCAUAUUCAGCAGCUCAUGCACUCUGGCAGCUUUUCUCUUAUCUUUUCUGACAAGGUAGAGCACAUCCUCCACCUGCACGCGCCCUGAACGACCAACUUCCAUUGCUUGCUGCGUCUGAAAGGAAAAAUUCAUCAAGUCACAUUUCAACUCAAAUCAAGGCCCAUCAAAUGAAUGAGACUUAUCAAUUUCAACCCAGAUGUUUGAUGAAUUUCAGUGAUUUCAGCCAACAGACAAAAUUUUGGAAUCAUUGCACUUACUAUUGCAAAUCUUGGUGGUCAUUUGUCAACUUUUGGCAAGAUUCCAGAUCUUACAGUAGCCAUUAACAAACAAAAUAUAGCCAGUCAAAGGUGGUCAGCUUCAAAGCUGACCAGCCAUCACAGUGACAAAUUAUUCAUUAUUAGAAAAAAGUUCUAUCUAAAAUGCUUUACAAUGAUGAUACAAUAUGAGAGGCAUUAAUAUUAUGCAAACUCACCAUUUGAGUAAUGAAUUCUACAACAAUGUCUUCCAGCAUGUCAACACUCUCAGUGUAAGGAUUCUGGUCAUCACCAAAGCCAUACAUCAUACAUCGGAGCUCCUUGGAGAACAGUCUUUUCCUCACACCUGAACUUGGUCCAGCACUUUCUGAGGCAGCCACGUCAGGAGUCUCAUCAUCUUCAAACUGAAAAAUAAAUGCAAGGUGAACCAUGAAUUUUGCCUGCAAAAUUUUUAAACAAUCAUGAUGAAAUUAAAACAGCAUAAUUAUGGCCACUAUCCUGGUAAAUAGUCCAAUUCAACAUUUCAACUCUCUGUCCACAGAAUAAUUCAAAGUUAAAGACAAAAUAUACAGUUGAAAGCAAUUAUACAUUAAAAAUAAAUAUUUUUAAUUAUUGACAACUAAAUGCAAUUAUUUUCAGCACUUAUAUCCAUAACUAACCUGGUCAAAACUUUCAUCAGCAGUUGCCAUGUUUCAAUCUUUUUCAACUAUUAAUUUCACUAUUAUUCAAUCUUUUUCAACUAUUAAUUAGUAAAAAGACAGAAACUAAGGUUAAAAGCAUGAACUAAACUAAUCAGAGACAGUAGAACCUAAUUUUAAAUAUGUUACCACAUUAGCAAUAGCAUAUAAAUUCAAUAUAGAAAUUUUAAUUGAUUUUAACAAAUAUGUUGCAGAAUGCACUAUUUGCUUGGCAUCUUCAGAUCAAUUAGCCUAAUUGGCAUCAUCAAACUAAGUUGUGCCAUACUGCAAGACUAGGUUUACUACCUACUCAACGCCAACGGGUUGAACACAACAUACCUAGGAUUAGGUUGAUGACACUUAUUGCCUUGAAGACACUGAAGUAAAAUUGAGUCCAGGGUUGGCAUUGAUUAGGACUGAUUAUUUGAAUCAUGUGAUUAGGCUAAAUCAUUUUUUUUUUUUAUAAAAAUCAUGAUUUUUUUUAUUUCUUUA